UGCCAGAAUUCAAGACUUUGUCAUUUUGCUUCACUCCUUUUGUUCAUAUUCACCAACAAAGCCGUAAAAACUUGAGAUUGAUUCUUUCUCCAGAACUUUCUGGGGCUUCUUUUUAAGGAUGAUCGUCUGAUUUUUAAUUUACAGAAAAAAUUUUAUCUUGAUUUUGUUGGGGUUGCAAAAUUCUUGCUUCUUGCUCAAUGGCUGCUGCUCCCUGUCGAAACCCUUUUGGGAUUAGUGCUAAUCUUGAUGGGAGUUCAAGAUUUUUGUCUCGGAAACUUGAAUUCUCAGCUGUUAAUUUCCCUCCGAAUGUUGAAUUUUCAAGACUCGGUUUUUAUCGAAGUUUGGUGUGUAAGGAGCGUGGAGGUCAUGUGCAUUGCUCAUCGAACGCAGAUGGUCCAACGAACGAGGAGGUCCUCACACCAGUUCUUGAUAUGAUCGACAGUCCCAUGAAUUUGAAAAAUUUAUCUUUGAAGGAGCUGAAGCAGCUGGCAGAUGAUAUUCGCACGGAACUAUCCAUCUUGUCAAAAACUAACAAAUCUUUUCGACCUAGCUUGUCCGCCGUAGAGCUAACAGUUGCUAUUCAUCAUGUUUUUAACGCCCCGGUGGACAAGAUAGCCUGGGAUAUCGAAGACCAAACAUAUCCUCACCAGCUUCUCACGGGGAGAAGGACUCGCUUAAGUAAAUUGGGGCAGGCUAACAAUCUUUCCAGCUAUGCGUGUCGUAAUGAGUAUGACCCGUUUGGAACCGGGCAUGGAUGUAGCAGCAUAUCUUCCGGACUUGGAAUGGCUGUUGCACGAGAUAUUAAGGGGAAAAAGGAUCGCAUAGUUUCGGUAAUCAGCAACGAAACGACCAUGGCCGGACAGGUGUAUGAGGCCAUGAGCAAUGCUGGUUAUUUGGAUUCGAAUUUGGUAGUCAUAUUAAAUGACCGCCAUCACGCCUCAAACCCUAAGCUCGAUCAAGCCCCGAAGGUUUCGAUCAAUGCUGUGUCUAGUACUCUGAGCAAGCUGCAAUCUAGCCAAUUCUUCCGCAAAUUUAGAGAAGUCGCCAAGGUUCUUACCAAGAGAAUAGGCCGUGGGAUGCACGAGUGGGCUGCCAAGAUCGACGAAUACGCACGAGGGAUGGUGGGGCCUACGGGGUCAACUCUGUUCGAGGAGCUUGGGUUAUAUUAUAUUGGCCCUGUUGACGGACACAACAUUGAAGACCUACUUUGUGUUCUGCACGAAGUGGCUUCAUUGGAUUCGAUGGGGCCGGUUCUUGUUCAUGUCGUGACAAAGGAAGAGUAUGCCGGCGAAGAUAAUCAGACGGGUAAAGCAUCGGAAGACGUUAUUGAAGGUCCGUGUACCAUUGAAUUGGGGCCCAUCAGGUCUCGACCCCGAACCUAUAGCGACCACUUUGUGAAGGCUUUGAUCACCGAGUCUGAGAUAGACGAAGAUAUUGUGGUGGUCCAUGCAGGAAUGGGGAUGGAGACGCCAUUUCGAACGUUAAAAGACAAAUUGGGGGACAGAUUUUUCGAUGUUGGUAUGGCCGAGCAGCACGCAGUUACUUUCUCUGCCGGUCUUUCUUGUGGUGGAUUGAAGCCUUUCUGUGUAAUCCCUGCGUCGUUCCUGCAGAGAGCGUACGAUCAGGUAGUUCACGACGUAGACAGGCAGAAGAUCCCGGUGCGUUUCGUCCUCACGAGUGCUGGACUAGUCGGAUCCGAUGGUGCCGCGCACUCAGGAGCCUUUGAUAUCACAUUCAUGUCGUGUUUGCCUAACAUGAUUGUGAUGGCACCGUCCGACGAGAUCGAGCUUGCUCGUAUGGUGUGCACGGCUGCCGACAUCGAGGACCGGCCGGUUUGCUUACGCUACCCUCGGGGUGCCAUUGCCAGUCUGGACCCUAGCAUGUAUCUUCGAGAGCCAAUCGAGGUUGGUAGAGGAAGGCUACUCUUAGAGGGUAAAGAUAUCGCUCUACUCGGCUUCGGUUCGAUGGUGCACAAUUGUCUUCGGGCGCAUGCUGUGCUCGCGCAAAUGGGUAUAGACAUCACCGUUGCCGAUGCGAGGUUUUGCAAGCCGCUCGACAUGAAGCUCGUGCGGAUGUUGUGCAAGAACCACAAGUUCCUCAUCACGGUCGAGGAAGGUUCGAUCGGAGGCUUUGGAGCACACGUUGCUCAGUUCAUUUCCCUCGACGGUCUUCUAGAUGCCGGAGUCAAGUGGCGCCCGAUCACGCUGCCCGACAACUAUAUCGAGGCGGCCCAGCCUAACGAGCAGCUUGCAGCCGCGGGGCUGACCGGGAACCACAUUGCUGCAACGGCGUUAAAUCUGCUCGGUCGCACCCGCGACGCUCUUCUGUUGAUGUGCUAGUGUAUGUACCGUGGACAAGUAAAUAAAAAAAAUUGGAUUAGGUAUUAGCAUGAACAAAGAAACAUGUAUAGAGUCUUUGUGCAGAAGUGAGAAAAAAAACGUCGACGAAUCUUUGAAAUUUGUCGAUUUUAUCCUGAUCUUUAACAAUUGUAUCAAUUUUAUCACAAUCUUUUGUGAAUUAUCAAUUCAAUGAUAAAAUUUUCUACUUGUGUCAA